UUGUUUUGUGCUACAUGUCUCUCAGAUUCUCCCACGAUACCAGUACCAGCAGUGUACGUAGUUUUUGUAGUUAGCACUUAGCAGUAGCAAUAGCAAGCAUCCAGAUCUCUUAGCUUGCUAACAUGGAGGCACCUUGCGACUAUCAGCUGGCCGUGGCUGAUUACUGGGACGGGAAGCCGGCCAUGGAACCAACCGUCUGGGUUCCUGGCCUCUCUUUGCAGAUGACAGUUGCUGCUCCGGCAAGCAACAGUGAUCUCGUCGUCACCUCCAGCGGACGGCAGCAGCUGAAGCAGGUUGAUGAAUACGACCACUAUGCGGUUCAAGUGUUCGAGCGAGCAGCAGAAUCACUCAAGUCGAGAGUGGAGGAGAUGGACACGAAGAUGCACCUGUUCCCGCCAAGCAUGGGAGACCUCGCCGACGAGUACGCCGCCCCCAAGGUGGUGUCCAUCGGCCCCUACCACCACGGCCGGACCCCGGCGCUCCAGGAGAUGGAGAGCGUCAAGCACGCGGCGGCCUGCCACUUCGUCAAGGCCACGGGCCGCCCCAUCCAGGAGGUGUACUGGGCGGUCUGCACCGUCGCAGAGGAGGCCCGCGCCCACUACGACGCCGGCAAGCUGCGGGGCCUCGGCGACGACGACUUCAAGCCGAUGAUGUUCCUCGACGGCUGCUUCCUGCUGCAGUACAUGCAGUUUUGGUGCCGAGAGAGCGGCGGCGACGAGGACCCGGACAUGGAUCCGUCGCUUUACAACGCUUUCAGCUCCAUCGACCGCCCCAUCCUGAGUGACGUGGUGCUGCUCGAGAACCAGCUGCCAUGGGUGGUGAUUGACGCGCUCUUGAGCUUCUUGCCCCAGCCUGGCCUGGACAUGGAGACGCUCAUCGGGCGCGUGAAGCAGACUCUGCAGACCCGCCAGGUUCGUUAUUUCGAUGCUCCCACGUUGGACUACACACCGCCGCAUCUCCUUGGCCUCCUACGCCACCACAUCGUAGGAAGCAACGACACCAAGAAGUCCGAGCCGGAACUGUCUGAAAGAGCCAAGGAAUUGUCCGUUUCCGUGAGCGCCAUGGAGCUUGCAGAGAUCGGCAUCGAGAUCACAGCCACCAAAGCUACACGAGAGGGCGCAGAGCUAAGGAAUAUGGGCGUCCGUAGAUCGGCGUACCUCACCGGCGAGCUCUUCUUGGCGCCACUGUCCCUCAACGACGCGAACGCGACCUUCCUGGUCAACAUGGCGGCUCUGGAGCAAUGCACGACCCCAGACUUUUUUGGGGAGGACGAGGAGAAGUCCGCCGUGUGCUCCUACCUCUGCCUCCUGGGCAUGGUGACGGACAGCGAGGAAGACGUGCAGCAGCUUCGGAAGAAGGGCAUCUUGCAGGGAGGAGCAGGGCUGAGCAACAAGGACGCGCUCGACUUGCUUAACAAGCUCGAGAACCGGCUGCGGCCCGGAACCCACUAUCUGAGCACCAUGAUCCUCAUCCAGAACUACAAGACUGAUAGGUGGAAGCGGAUCCAGUUUCACAAGUUUCAUUACAACCACCGCAAAGCCAUCUUCUUGACGUUUUCCGGCAUUGCUGGAUUUGCCAGUUUCCUCGGGACGCUCAAGUCUCUCAAUCUCAAGUAAUUCUUGCUCUAGUUCCAACUGCUGAAUAUUUAGCUAUGGUGCUAAAUAUUUCCUUUAUGUAUUUUGCGCCCAUCUUGUAAACAAUAUUUGUAUCGGUUUUGCUAAA